AUGGCGAUCAACAUCCCAGUCAUUGAUAUCUCGGGGUACCUAGCCGGUGACAAAGCCGCAACGGCGUGCAUCGCCUCCUCAAUUUCGUCUGCCGCCCAGUCCCCUGGUUUCUUGCAAAUCACGGGCCAUGGUGUUUCUCAAGAAUUAAUGUCGGGUAUGCUUGAGCGGCUCGCCAAGUUCUUUGCUCUCCCUGUUGAGAAUAAACUCGCCCUACACAGAAGUAACUCUCUGGCGCUUCGAGGCUUUGAAACCGUUGGUGAACAGAGAUUAGAAAAGGAUUUUAUAGAUUCCAAGGAAGGGUUUAUGAUUGGGCCCGAGAAGCCAGCGGAGGGCGCUAGGUUUCUUCAAGGUCCAAAUCAAUGGCCGGCAGAGAUGGAUGUUGAAGGUCUAAGAGCGAGGAUGAUGGAGUACUUUGGCGAGAUGCAAAUUUUGAGCAAGACCAUGUUCCGCCUGAUAGCUUUGGGUUUGGGUUUAGAUGAGAAGUAUUUCGAUGACUUUGUUGGUAGCAAGGAUUCUAUCACAAUGUGUCGAGCGCAUAGAUACCCGCCGACAACCGUGGAUAUGUCCAAAAAUUCCAGGGGAAUAGGCGCGCAUACCGACUUUGGGGCGCUGACUCUGCUGCUUCAAGAUAAAAUUGGCGGACUAGAGGUUUUCUACCGACCUACUGAAACUUGGCACGCAGUCGAGCCGGUCGAGGGUGCGUUUGUCGUGAAUAUCGGAGAUAUGCUAGAGCGUUGGACGAAUAAUCAUUAUACAUCUACGCUUCACAGAGUAAUAUCCCCCGUGAGCAACCAGAAUCGAUACAGCGUGGCUUUCUUCAACGAAGGGCUUCUCGACCAGACGAUCGAAUGUAUUCCGACUUGUCUAAAGCCGGGUCAGAAACCACUGUACGAGCCAGUAAAAGUGGAAGAUCAUUUGCGAGCGCGGUACGGCAACAGUUACAAGUAA